GAUAUUGUGAAAAGUCAUUUGAAAUCUAGCAAUCGAAGAGAAAACGUGAAUUUGAUAAAAAUCAAAAAAAAAAUUUCUCAUACAUAGAAAAACAUAUUUUUGGAAAAAAAAAUUUAUAAUAUUUACAUCUGUUUAAAAAUCUGCUAAACAAAAAUGGUUCGACGAGGACGUUCUGCAAGCCCACCACCAGCUUCCAGGAGAAGCAUGCCAUCUCGUCCACCAGCUCCUGCUCCAAGUCAAAAUUUACCGGCACGUGCCGCCCCUGCAGCACCAGCACCGAUGCAAGCAGCGCCUAGCGGGGUUGCACCACAGCAACCAUCAAUGUUCCAGCAAAUGGCAGCUACUGCUGGUGGUGUAGCGGUUGGUUCAGCUGUGGGUCAUGUUGUUGGCGCCGGUUUAACUGGUAUGUUUAGUGGCUCUGGUGAUAAAGAAGUUGCUGCUCCCGCACCUGCAGCCGCCGGCCCUGCUCAUCAACAAUACUAUGCGAAUGGUGCCCAGCCAAAUGAACCACAAGGACCAUGCAGUUUUGAGAUCAAACAGUUCUUGCAGUGUGCUCAGGGUCAAAGCGAUUUAACUUUGUGUGAGGGUUUCAAUGAGGCGCUUCGUCAAUGCAAGGUUCAACACCAUAUGCAAUAAAAACCUAUUAACCAGAAUAAAAUUAAAUAGCAACUUUAAAUUUAUGCAGUAUCCUAUAAAUUUUAAGAAAUUUAUCGAUCAUUUAAAAUGUAAUAAUCCAGCACUUAUUUUUAGAGUUUGAAAAUUUUAUGAAAUAGACAAAAAUGGUAGCGGUGAGCAACUAAAACAUUUCAAGCAGCGACGCAAUUAACAUCAGGAGAUAAGCAGAUGAGUCAAUCAUUUGGCAAGGAAUUAUAAGAAAACUACCGUGUACAACACUUCAAUAGUUUGCUUAUGAGUUGCUGACGUUUUAGUUGUUACCGCUGCCAGAAAAAAAAAACAAUAACAAAAUGCUUUUGUUUUAAGUAGCACUUAAGUCUUAGUGUAGUAAGCUCUCUUUAAAGAAUUUAGCAUUAAAUGGUAGAAAACUCA